ACAUCAAGAAAAUCAUCAUAGCCCUUCUUCUUCUUCUUCUUCUUCUUUAUUCUCUGCCCCAAGUUCUUCUUCACACUGAGGAAGGAAAAAAAAGCACCAAAUCAACAACAACAUGGCUAGUUUGGUUGCUAUUCAACCCAAACAGCCUUCUUUCUCUCUCCUUCCUUCUUCCAAUUCUGACUUCAAUGGUGCCAGAUUGAUCUCCUCAUUUCAGUAUAAGAGGAAACCAUGCCUGUCAAAAGGAGCAUUGCAAGUUACAGCCUCGAGUGAAAAGAAAAUCCUGAUAAUGGGAGGCACGCGAUUCAUUGGUGUGUUUCUAUCGAGACUUCUUGUGAAAGAAGGCCACCAGGUUACUCUAUUCACAAGAGGAAAAGCUCCAAUCUCUCAACAAUUGCCAGGUGAAUCAGACCAGGAUUAUGCUGAUUUCUCCUCCAAGUUAUUGCACUUGAAGGGUGACAGAAUGGAUUUCGAUUUUGUGAAGAGCAGUCUUUCUGCGGAGGGCUAUGAUGUUGUGUAUGACAUAAAUGGACGUGAAGCAACUGAAGUGGAGCCAAUAUUGGAUGCAUUACCUAAUCUAGAACAGUACAUCUACUGCUCUUCAGCUGGUGUAUACCUUAAAACUGAUUAUUUACCACAUUUUGAGGUUGAUGCAGGUGACCCGAAGAGUAGGCAUAAAGGAAAGCUUGAGACAGAGAGCUUGUUAGUAUCACGAGAUGUUAAUUGGACUUCUCUAAGGCCUGUUUAUAUUUAUGGGCCACUUAACUACAAUCCUGUUGAAGAGUGGUUCUUCCACCGAUUGAAGGCUGGUCGCCCAAUUCCGAUUCCCAACUCAGGGAUGCAAAUAACUCAACUUGGACAUGUGAAGGAUCUUGCAAAGGCUUUUGUUCAGGUUCUUGGAAAUGAGAAAGCAAGCAAGCAAGUAUUUAACAUAUCCGGAGAGAAAUAUGUCACAUUUGAUGGAUUAGCUAAGGCUUGCGCCAAGGCUGGUGGUUUCCCUGAACCCGAGCUUGUUCAUUACAACCCUAAGGAGUUCGAUUUUGGCAAGAAGAAAGCAUUCCCAUUCCGUGACCAGCAUUUCUUUACAUCCAUCGAGAAGUCAAAGGCUCUGCUAGGAUGGAAACCGGAUUUUGAUCUGGUGGAAGGUCUUACAGACUCUUACAACCUAGAUUUCGGACGAGGAACAUUCAGGAAAGCAGCUGAUUUCUCUACAGAUGAUAUGAUUCUUGAAAAGAAACUAGUUCCCCAGAGCUAGUGUUUCUGUUUUUCAUUUCAUAAGUUUUGGUUUCUUGCCUUUUCUCCAAGAAGUUCACAAGUCAUUAGUGGCAAACUAUUUGAAAUUUUCCUUGUAUAUUAACUUCACUAAAAUGAAAUGAAUGACAACUAUUGUCAUUUUGCCAUCAA